GUGCUACACAUGGGCUUCGACGGCGGAGACGUUCUACUUGAAGUCCGUGUCACAUCCGAUUGAACCUUAAUAAGUCUCAACCAUCCAGUAACGAUUAUGUUAAAUUAAUUCAUCUACUCCUCUCGAAUCUCCGCUUCCGCAUUCUGUCCCUUUUCUUCUGGAAGUAUCUGACCACAUCAUCAUGGGAGGAGAGAAAAAGCCCUUCGAAAUCGCCAUCAUUGGAGGAGGCAUAGCAGGAGUGAUCCUCGCGAUAUCGCUCGCCAAGCGCAACGUACCUUGUGUCAUUUAUGAGAAGGCUCAUGCCUAUACCGAACUUGGAGUCGGGCUAGGAGUUUCGCCCAAUGCUCUCAGGGCGAUGACAACUUGCGAUCCGGUGGUUCGCGAAGCUCUCGAAACCGUGGCCGAACCUCCUUUCCAGUGGGAGAUACUUGAUGGCACAGAUGAAGCAAACGAGAAAGCCGUUCUUUUCACACUUGGGAACACUACCAGAGGGUUAAGAGGUUGUCACCGGGGUCAGUUCUUGACGCAAUUGCUCGAGCACGUACCUGAAGAUAAAAUACAUUACAGUAAACAGCUGGAUCAUAUUGAGGAGCCCAAGGAAGCGGGCACAAGGCUUCGAAUGGUCUUUCAAGACGGCUCAGUCGCCGAGGCCGACGGUGUCAUCGCAUGUGAUGGCAUCAAAUCGCAUACGAGAGGUAUCGUUAUAGGGCACGAUCAUCCGGCUGCAAAGUGUACUUAUACCUACAAGUACACCUACCGCGGUUUGAUACCAAUGAACAAUGCCGUGGAUAUCCUAGGUCCAGAGAGAGCAAGUAAGUCUGGGUUAUGGGUCUGCAAUGAUGCACACAUAGUCACCUAUCCUGUCGCUCAUGGCACGAUGCUGAACUUGGUCGCCCACACUUCUACCACUCAGGAGUGGCCAAGCGAUACCCAGUUCACGCUGUCUGCUACAGUAGAUGACUGCAUCAAAGACCUCAAAGCCUUUAGUCCACGAAUGCAGAAGGCCAUUCAACUGCUCAAAGUGCUCGAUAGGUGGGCUCUGUUCGAUCUAGGUGAUCACCCGGUCCCUACAUUCGCCAAGGGCCGCAUCUGCCUUCUUGGCGAUGCAGCACAUGCAUCUACGCCGCAUCAAGGUGCUGGAGCGGGAAUAUGCAUUGAAGACGCAGCAGUUAUGGCAUCACUUUUGGCUGACGAAAAGGUACGAGACAGCGCUGGCGUUGAGGCUGCUUUUGCUGCAUUCGACGCCAGCCGCCGAGAGCGAGGUCAGUGGCUGAUUCGGGAGAGUCGGAGGGCAGGAGAACUGUACGAUCUCCGAACGGAACAUGGAAGAGACUUUGAUAAGCUUCGGGAGGAAGUCUAUUCGCAGGCUGAGGAGUUGUGGAACUUUGAUCUGGAAGGGAACAUCAGAGAUGCAUUGGAGGAUAUGGGACGUCGCCUCAAUGCGAAAUAGCGAUGAGGCAUCUGUUCCAUCGACUCUUUUGGUUUCGUUUUGAGUCGUUCCCCGGAUGUUUGGGGAUUGAAGGUUUCCUGGCAGUGAACAUCGGCAACCAAACCGGUAGUAACUAAAGCAAGUGGAUAACUGAGAGAGUCGUC